AUGGAGCAAGCCAGAGUACCAAAGAGUGUCUUCAUGUUUGAAGGUGCAAAUCUUUCUGAUAUGCACGACGAUGAUGCUGUAUGGGUUACUGUCAUUCUGAACAAUCACAUCAGUCCAGCUGAUAGCGAUGAGCGUAUCAUGCAAUUUGUCGUUGAUCAGAUCAAGGAUGGAGAAGUUGUUAUUGGGGCUUGUUCUCUUUCCCUUGUCGGGGCACAGUGCAUCUCGCUAGGUCUUCCGGUCGAUAGAAUUAGUAGAUACAUCCUUGGAGCACUAUGCCACGCCGAUGCUCUUGCAACUUGGUGGCUUGAGCAGAUCCGCGAGGGUGUGAUUCAGCUUGAUCGUAGCCAUAUAUUUGGAAUAUAG